AACAAAUCUAUUUUCUCAAACUGGAAUUGCCAAACCAAAUACAGUUCCUCUUAUAUACUCCAUCACAGCAAUAAUCACACAAACUGUUCUAAUUAACAUAAAUUUCCAAAAGAGGGCAACGAAAUGUCCCAGAACAUCAAGCCAAUCAAAGUUUACGGCCAGGGUCCUAGCCCUAACCCUCUCAAAUUGCAUAUCAUCCUGAAAGAACUCGGUAUUCCUUACGAAAUCACUCUAGUGCCAUUCACGGAUGUCAAGAAGCCGGAGUAUCUUGCCAUCAACCCGAAUGGACGUCUACCGUCCAUCUACGACCCGAACACCAACAUUACUCUAUGGGAGUCCGGCGCUAUUGUCGAAUACAUCAUUGAGCGCUACGAUACUGAGCAUCUAUUGAGCUUUCCAGCUGGAACACCAGAAGCCUACUACACUAAACAAUGGCUGUACUUCCAAACGAGCGGACAGGGCCCGUAUUACGGACAGAUGUCCUGGUUCAUCAAAUUUCACCCUGAAAAGGUGCCUAGCGCGGUUGACCGGUACACCAAUGAGGUGAACCGCAUUACGGGUGUGUUGGACAAAUGGCUUUCCAAGCAGAAAGAGGAACACGGUACUUCGAACAAUGGGCCAUGGCUUGUCGGCGGCAAGCCGACCUAUGCUGAUUUCGCGUUCGUCCCAUGGCAGAGAAUGGCUGCCAUGUUCGCUGACCCAGAGAAAUAUAACCAGGAAAGCUACACCUAUGUAUCAGAGUGGUUAGGCAAGAUGCUGUCGCGCAAGUCCGUUAUUGAUGCCAUUGCUGAGUCUCCACCUCCAUAGGGCCACAGGAGCACGGGCCUAUUUCAAAUGUUGAAAUAAUCUCCUGGUAGAAAUUCCG